AUUGCCAUGUCAAAAUUAUUUUCCAAUUGAUUACUUUUAUAUUUGUCACAUUUAUUCUUCAUGCUAUAAGGCUUAUUACAAUCGAUGUAAAAUUUGAUACAACGUGAUAAUGUUUGUUUUUAUUUAGAGACCAGUUAAAAUGCCAUGAAUAAUUGUAAUUAUGCUAUAAAGUAAUUCACCGGCGGCAAUGCACAUCCGCAAUAAAUUGGCAGGGGCAGGUUAUUCCAAAAUGGUGGACGUUUGUUGUGCUUUUAUGUGAAUUUUGGAUAAUAUUACAUUUAUUUAAUGGUGUAUUGUAUGAGAGUAAUAUUCAAAUGAAGUAUUCCAAUUAGACUUCAGUAAUGGAUGAAAAGGAUUCAAAUCCUGAGAAUCCCUCUGGAAGCCCUGAACAGGCUUCCGGGGAUUCCGUAGCGUGUGAAAAACUCAGUGACACAGAACCAAACCCUGACAAGGCAACCGAAGCAGCUGACAGUGGUAUGAACAUUGACAGUGAAGUGAACUCCAUCGAAAGUGAAUUAGAAAAUAAGGAUAGUGAAUUACAGAAUCAUGUAGAUCAUGAUAAGAGUGUAGAUGAUCAUGAUAUGAGUAUAGAUGAAGCAAAUCCUAAAGAAAAUGAAGAUCAAUCAGAGAAAAAUGACAUCCCGGAUAAUGAAGAAAUAGAGACCGACUCCCAAGAAGCAGACAAUGCAGAUAAGAAUGAAUCUGAAAAGGAAGAUCCUCCACAGGAAACUGAAAAUUCUCAGGUUUUGGAUGAUACUGAUGACAAAUCAAAGGAAGAAUUAACCGGUGAUGAUAGCCAGGAUGCUACCACUAAUGAGAACGAAAGUCAAAAUGAUAAAGACGAAGGAGAGAUGGAUAAAGAUGAUGAAGCAGGGAAUGAUGAUGGAGAGAAAGAUAAGAAUGAUGAUGAAGUUGGUAAACCUGAAUUUGAGCAUGCAACAAAUGAUACAAUGGAGGAAAGUCAAGAAGAUCAUUCCCAGGCACUGGAUCCAUUUGACGCCCUGCUGAAAGACACCAAUGACUCAACUGCAAAUGAUAGUGAAACCCCUGCGACGUCGCAAGCUGAAUCUACUAUACCUAUGGAUGAUGAUGAUGACCACAAUGUGGAUUUCGAUGGAGACAAUGCUGAUGACCCCUCAAUAGAAGACAGUAGUGUAGCAGAGUUAGCUGAUGAGCCAGGUGCAGAUGAAGAGGUCUGUCUUCUGCCGGACACGGAACGAGAGAUCUCUGAGGCUGACAAAGCUGAAGCUGAGAAGGUCUUGGCUGAGAAGAGGAAACAGGCAGAGGCUGAAGCAGCAUUGGCGGCGGCGGUUCCUAAAGAAGAGAAUGAAUCAAUGGAGGUCGACGACGAUCGCAGCCAAGCGGACCAGAACGACACAGACGCGGCUGCUGAGGACGCUUCACAGGAAAAUGGAGCUGAUAACGAUAAAGAACUUGAAGAAACAGAACAGGAAACUGCCGAAAAUGACAGCACUUCAAACACUAUCCAAGAGAUCAGUCAUUUUGACGCCACGUGCGAAGAAUGUGGCGAAUCAAAGGCUUGCUCCUACCGGUACACCACGAAAGACGAGCGACAUUACAUCUGCGACACAAAGUGUCUUCAAACUUUCUGUGACAAACAUCCCGACAAAUACUCUAUUAUACGGAAAAAAUACAUGAUCGAAGAGAUCAUUCCCUCAAUGUCUGAAUGCUCAGAGUGUGAAGAAAAGAAGAUUUGUUAUUUCUAUUAUAACUAUGAUGGAGAAGACACAAACUACUGCUCAGUGAAAUGCUUAGAAAGUAUGAUGGGGGAUGAAAAAGAAAAGUAUGCUUACAAAAGAAAAAGAAUUUCUGUUGAAGAAAUUACUCCCAAAGACGGGCAGUGUUCCAUUUGUUUAGAAAAUAAGCCAUGUUCUUAUUCAUUUUCAAGAUAUGGAGAGGACUUUUUAGCAUGUGAACAGACUUGUAUUAGAACUUUAAAUUUGAAAGAAAAUGGACGGUAUAUGGUAAAGAGGAAACGGCAGCCACGAAACACGCAAGCACAACAGCAAACAAACACACAAGUCAAUCCACCACUUUUAAGAUUAAAAGUUAUAAGUAAUGCUACGGAUAAAUAUUUAGAUGAAGCAUACAAAAUUCAAGCGAAAACUCCGGCGAUGGUGCAAGCGGCGCGGGAGGAGAGAGAGCGGACAUUCGUAAGAAGAUGCACUGCGUGUAACGCAGUUCCCCCAUCUGAGGAUAAAAUGCUUUCUUGGGAGACCAUGGACUUUUGUGAUGAAGUUUGCUUAGGAAGGUAUCAGAAUAAAAUCGGUUCGAAAUGUGCGAAUUGUAAAAACGCUGUGCAACAUACGAGUUUAGGGAAGUAUUGUGUGCGAUUCGGUUAUGACGUCCGACAAUUUUGUAACUCCUCUUGUUUGGAAGAGUUCAAGAAAGGAUUGAAGAUCUGUUGUUAUUGUCAAAGAGAUAUUUCUGCGGAGCAUGAAGGAUUUUUGGCUCCGGUGGGCGAUAAGGGGCAGUUUAAAGACUUUUGUUCUCAGAGUUGCAUGGAGAAGUUCGACCAGAUGAGUAAGAACCCUGUGCCGCAGCCUGUGUGGGCCAAGUGUGCGGUUUGCUCACUGGAGAAGUCCACGUCUAUUGAGGUGGAGGUGGGGAACGAUGUUUCACAGAGGCUGUGCUCAGAUCCAUGUUUUGCAGCUUUCAAAUUCGUUAAUAAUAUCUUUCCAGACCAAUGUCGCUGGUGCAAGAAAUACUUCGAGCGGAAGCAGAGUAAAUGUUUCACUAUAUAUGAGUCCAACACGCCCCACUGUUUCUGCUCCAAGUCUUGCAUGAACGUUUACAUCAGCAACUCGAGGCAUAUAGUGCCGUGCAACUGGUGCAAAGUGAAAAAGUACAACUUUGAUUUGAUCAAACGGACGCCUAACAAUGGACAGCCCAUUAUGAUGUGCUCGUUGAAUUGUCUGAAUCUCUAUCAAGUGUCUGUCAACGCUGUAUCAUCAAGAAGAACAAAAUGCGACAUGUGUAAGCGGACGUCGCUCGCGCAGUAUCACCUGACGAUGUCGGACGCGACUGUACGCAACUUUUGCACCUACCAGUGCGUUAUGUCUUUUCAGGGUCAGUAUUCCAAACACACGCCGGCGUUCAUACCGGGCGAGGCGGUAGACCAGCAGAAGGCGGUGCCCACUGGAGCCCCGCGUCGCACCUACUCCGCUUCUACUAAAACCAAUGCACUAAAAGCUCAACAGCGCAAUGCAACCGGCUCGAUGCCAGUGAUAUCAAACGUACAAUCAUUAGCGGCACCACCACCUCUCAUGCCGACGAUACAAAGCACGCGCGGCAAGUCAAAACGACGAGCCAACGCUGAAGCAGCCCCCGCAGCCGCGCCCGAGCCCGAGCCCCCCGCGGCUUCUCAAACACCCCCGCCGCCGCCCAAACCCCCCACACCCCCGCCUCCGCCACCGCCCAAAAUAUACAAUCACGUCAUCGUCAAAACCUUGCCCCCGCAAGAAGUAGCCAAUAAGGGUACCAUGUCAAAACCAAUGAUGGUCUCGAAAGGCGUGUCGUGCCGCCCCCAUCCGUGCACUAAAGAAUGCCAAACGGACCCGAGUCUCGAACGCAGGGUUUUAGUUCCUAUCCCUGUACCCAUAUACGUGCCAGUACCGUGCGCUAUGUGGUCCUUACCGUUCCCAGUCCCGGUACCGAUUCCCAUUCCUAUUCCCACUCCGGUGUUCAUUCCUACAACUAGGAAUUCCGCUAAAGGCAUCAUGAAGGAGAUUAACAAGAUUCACGAUAAGAUGCCGACGGAUCCGUUUGAAGCUGAGCUUCUGAUGAUGGCUGAGAUGGUCGCCGGUGAUAAGAAGAAGGAUCAGAGUGAUUCCGACACGGAUGAUGAUAAUGAAGGGGACGGCUUUAGCCCCGUGGCCGGCAUGGAUGGUAACAACGCGUUUGGCGAGGAUAUGCUGCAGAUGGCGCUCAAGAUGGCCACCGAAUAUGAAGACCAACCCGUGGACUUGGAGUCCGCUAUGACUGCUAACACCAUCACUCCUAGCUCACACCCGGGUAUGCCUGGUCUGGAAGGCGAGAGCAUGCACCACCACCACAUGAUGGUGCUGGAGCAGCAGCGGGCGGUGGCGGCGCUGCGGGCGUCGUCGGCGGCGGCGGUGCCGCGCAAGCGGGCGGCCGUGGCGCCGCAGCGGCCGCAGCGCUCCAAGCGGCGGCGCCAGGAGCCCGCGCCGCCGCCGCAGCCCGAGCCCGUGCGCGAGCCGCAGGAGAAGCCCGACGCCAACAUGUGUCUCAAGUACACGUUCGGCGUGAACGCGUGGAAGCAAUGGGUGAUGACGAAGAACGCGGAAAUCGAGAAGAGCUCCAUACGACGGAAACCUUUCAAGUCAGAAAUCCUCCAGCUCACAGCAGACGAACUCAACUACUCGCUGUGUCUGUUCGUGAAAGAGGUGCGGAAACCCAACGGUAGCGAGUACGCGCCCGACACUAUAUACUAUUUGGUUUUAGGAAUUCAACAAUAUUUGUUCGAAAAUGGUAGGAUAGACAAUAUAUUUACGGACCCGUAUUACGAGAAGUUCACGGAUUGUUUGGACGAAGUUGCAAGAAAGUUCUCAGUUCUAUAUAAUGACUCACAAUACAUAGUAACUCGAGUAGAAGAAGAGCAUCUCUGGGAGAGCAAGCAACUGGGCGCUCACUCGCCACACGUCCUCUUGUCCACUCUGAUGUUCUUCAACACGAAACAUUUUAAUUUAGUGACUGUAGAGGAGCAUAUGCAGUUGUCGUUCUCGCACAUAAUGAAGCAUUGGAAACGCAACCCCAACCAGCCGGGGCAGGCCAAGAUACCCGGCUCCAGGAAUGUACUUUUGCGGUUUUAUCCCCCACAGUCUGCGCUUGAAGCGAACUCCAGGAAGAAGAAAGUAUAUGAACAACAAGAAAAUGAAGAAAAUCCUUUGCGAUGCCCUGUUAAAUUAUAUGAAUUUUACAUUUCAAAAUGUCCGGAAUCGGUGCGCACGCGCAACGACGUGUUCUACUUGCAGCCGGAGCGCUCGUGUGUCCCGGACUCGCCCGUGUGGUACUCCACGCAGCCGCUGUCCCGCGCUCAGCUCGCCAAGAUGCUGCACCGCGUCAAGAUGGUCAAAGAGAUCAAUAUAGCGCUACUCACUAGCUAAGAUUUUCCACGUCAGCCCGCUGACUUAAGAAACUUCUCAACAUCACUGUAUCAUGUGCCGUUCUGGAAUGGACCUUUAUUUGCCGGUUAUACUGGUUACAAAGUGUAUCGACCGCCAUGUCACGCCCAGUAAAACUAACGCAAAGCAUCCACAAUAUUGUUGUAUUAAAGACUAUGACAAUGUAUAUUUUUUCUACUUUGUAUAUCAGCCUGUAUGAGAACGGUCGAUUAAUUUAGUACAUAGUAUGUAAUAGAUGUCUUUUUUUAUAACGUUGCAAUGUUUUAGAUGUAAGAAUUCUGUGCGGGACUGUUUAUGUAUGUACAGAUAAUAAUGGUUCUAGUUUUAUCAUAUACAAUCGCUUUUUUAUCAAUGAUUUAUGAAAAUUGUGGCCGAAUGAUUUUUUAAAGCAAUGGACUAAUUUAAAUUUGUGAGGUCGAGGUAUAUGUUUGGAUAUUUCAAAUUGUAUAUACGCCAAGCCGCUUGCUGCAUCAUGUCGACAUAGAAAAUCGGUGACUUAAUCUUUCGUGAAUUAGGAAAGAAUUUUAUUGUUACACUUGUGUAAUACUUGAAUAUUAAUAUAAUUAUAUAUUAUAGGCUUUAAGUGACAAAUUCCAAGAUUUUUUUUUUUGUGGAAGACGCACUAUUUGUGUUAUAGUAGCAUUAUUAUUCAUUUUAUAAAUCGGGAUAGAUUACAUUCUCACAAAUAGGACCUUUAUUGAAGAAAUAGUAUAGCAUGGUAAGUAAAAGAGUCAGAUUCGUAUUAUAUUUUAAGUAUAAUGGCGUCAGCUGUAAGAAUUAGUUUACAAUAAUGUGUAAAAAGAAUACUGAUUCUCUAAAA